UUGUUUCCCCCUCCUCCUUCCUUAUCCUUCACUUGUCUCCUCUUCAUCCCACCUGUGACCCCCACCUCUCCAUUUUGGUCUUAUAACCCCUCCCCCACUUGUUUGUAAUUGCCCCUUUUAAUUCACCUAGCAUCCUUGCCUCCUACCCCUUCAUGGACAUCUUUCCCUGUCUAUCUCCUUUCAUACUUGUUUCCUUUCCUGUCCUCUUUCUCACCCACUGUCUACUCAUCUCCUCUCCUUCUUUCCUUCCUUCUAACCUGUUGUCCUUCCUUGGUCUAGUUUCCUAUCAGUGUUUCCUUGUCGCUUUUUUGCUUCCCUCACAUCUUUCCUUGUUGUCUUCAUUUCCUUCCCUUCUUGGCAUCCUCCAUUCCUUGCCUUGCCCACUGUCUCCUCAUCUGCUGUCUUCUUACAGUAUUUCCUUCUUUUGCCCCCUCUCUCCUUGUCCUCUGUCCUUUUGUUUCCUUGCACUGUCUCUUCCUUUCCUGUCUCCUCCUCAACUUAUUUCCUUCCUUGGUCUAGUUUCCUAUCAGUGUUUCCUUGUAGCCUUUUCUCUCCCCUAACCUCUUUCCCUCCUUUCACCUUAUUUCCUUCACUUCUUCUCAUCUUCAUUCCUUUGCCUUGCCCACUGUCUCCUCAUCUCCUGUCCACUUCUUUCCUUCUUCUACCUCCUGUGUCUUCUUCCUCCGUCAUUAUGUUUCCUUGCUUACUCCUCCUCCACUCCUUUCCUGUCUGUAUUCCGCCCUCUUCCUCCCUUACUUCCUUGUUUUUCCCGGACACCUUCUCAUCUCUUCCUUCCUUGUGUUCCCUCCUUUAUUUCCUUGCUUUGUCUCCUCGUCUCCUGUCCUUCUUACUUCUUACCUUCCUUCAUCUGCCUCCUUUCUCUCUCGCUUCCUAUGUGUCCUUGUCUAAUUGCUACUUCCUCUGCUGUCUCGUCGCCUCGGUCCUUGCUGUCACCUUAUUUCCUCCCCUGCAGCCUAAAUCCUCCUCCUCAGCUCCUGUGUCUUCGCUGGGUGCGCCCCCCCCCCAUGUGCCUUCACGUUGAAUAAGUGCGACGUGCGCUCUCGUUGCCCGGCAUGAAAGUGCAGAUGAGAGGCAGGAAGUGGAGGCAGAGACGUGUCAAAAGAAAGGAAAGAGACGACGAGGAAUCCAACCUGAAAGCUCUUUGAGGAGAAGGUAGCGAGUCCGAGGGAGGGAAAGGUGGGGGUGUUUUAGCAUAAAUCAGGCCGAGAGAAAAUAUCUGCUAAUGUGCUUCACAGUCACUAGAUGUGGAAAAAAAAGAUUUGUGUCAGCCGGUCUGCGACUCGCUCCACGUAACCCACGUGCUGCGAGUGGUGGGGGCCAGGGGUCGCCAUCUCCGUACUCUGACGGAUUACUGGGCUCAAUAUUGAUUUGAAAUGAUCCUUUGACACAAGAUGGCGGGGGUCAAAGUUGUUUUUAGCUUACUUUGCAUUGAACAGGAAGUCACUGUGUGCGGGUUUUAAUGCCGUCUAACGAGACAGUUCAUUGCUUCCAGACCCAACCGUCAUCAGUGCAUUUCCGCUAAGUAGGAUUCCUUAUAUGUUGAAUAUUUAUGUGGUUAGAGCACAGAAAAGCUAUUUACAACCUUGUAAAUACAGGUUUUAUUCAUAUUAGAGCUCUCAAGACAUGAAAUAACCCCCCAUAGUCACCUUCACAUUUGUAAGACAUGUAAUAUAGACUCACAUGUUACAAGUGGGGUCACAUUACCACCUGUGGUGGCUAUUGUCUCAUCAGUGGAACAUUACUGACACCUAGUGACUAAUUGAAUGCGUCUUCUGAAUGCUGUAUAGUUAUAUCUUACUUCAUAUAGCCAUUUUUAUGCUUGAAAAUGCUUAAUUUUGGCCAGAAAUAUGUAAAAUGUCUUUGAGUCUUCCCUUGCUACAUUGUGGUUCACCUUUUGCAGACUCGCUGUUCCGCAGGUUUGUUUUUUUUUUGUGCAAUUGUAGUACAUUUGAGAGAACCAGCACAUUGUGUUCUGCGUCCUUAUUGGCUAAGGGAGAACCCGCCCAUUGUCUUCCGCGUCCUGAUUGGCUGUAGACCGUUUCGAUCAAUCUCCUUGGUGCCAAACUGCCGUGUUUACUGAUGUCUGAUUGCUAGCAAACAGCUUGCAGAGACUCUGAAGUCUGUAUGUUUGCACAUUUUUGCACGUCUCCCCGACAAAACCCACGAUGUCGAUGGAAUGUUCUGUGCCCAAAAAGCAGAGGAAGAUGCUAACCAUCGCACAAAGAGUUGGACUUGUGGACAUGCUGGAGGAAGGUAGACGUUACGCGGCUGCAAGGAGCCGUUAUGGAAUACUGUAAAUGAAUCUUGGGUCGGAGGUGGAGGAGGAGGCUGAGGAUACAAAAACGCUUCAGCGGAGCAGCGCCAGGACGAAGAGGCAGGGUCACAGGAGUGGAAUACAUUGGGCUGUGGUAUACAGAAGGGAGCGAGGAUCUUUGUAUGCAGUGGGAUGUCUGGAUGACAUGCAGAGGAGGAGUAGAGGCUGCAGACGGGAGGUGAGCGGCGGGUGUCUUAUCUCGACUAUUUUUACGAGGCGUCUCAUAAAAGCAUGGAGACGAGGAGGCCGCGUGCCACCAGAGGACAUUUCUUGCCGCUCACGGCCCCGCCUCCUCCUCGGCCCACUUCCUGCGGAGGACGGCGAGAGGCCGAGACGGAUGAGAGUAAUAAGCUCGGUGUCAGGUGAGGGAGAGCGCAGAGAGGAAGGUCGUGAUGGGAUAAACAGCAGAAGACUGCAAAGAAGAGGAGUUUCCUUUACAGCUCAACGUGAGAUCAGGGAAUGCUGUGUCCUCACCUUCACAGAAACCUGGCUGACGGAGGAUAUACCGGACUCGGCGAUCCAGUUGGAAACAUUUGCUGCUUACCGGGGAGAUCGGACUUUAGCGUCUGGUAAACACAGAGGUGGCGGCGUCUGUGUUUACGUAAACAAACGGUGGUGCACAGACGUACAGACGAUGGAAAAGCACUGCUCACAGGACAUUGAGCUGCUGAUGGUGAAAUGCAGACCUUUUUAUUUGCCUCGUGAGUUUAGCGCUGUGUAUUUAACUGCUGUUUACAUCCCACCACGAGCUAACACCGCUAACGCACUAGGCCUCCUGCAUGACAUCAUUGAUAAACACGAGACCAAACACCCAGACGCUGUAUUCAUUAUAUCUGGCGAUUUCAACCACUGUAACCUCAGGACUGUCCUCCCCAAAUAUUACCAGUAUGUGAGCUUUACCACAUUUGUCUGCAUUUGUCAUGGGCACCGCUGAGGACUACAAAAAGGCCAGAUAUGACCUGAGGAGGUCCAUACGAGAGGCCAAAAGACAGUACAGACAGAAGCUGGAGGGCUACUAUUCCACCUCAGACCCUCGGCGCAUGUGGGCGGGGCUCCAGCACAUCACAGACUAUCGACAGCGGAGUAGCGUAGCCACGUCCAGCCAAACCACACUUCCAGAUGAGCUGAACGAGUUCUAUGUCCGCUUUGACACCCAAACUCCUGAUGAGCAGAGAGGGUGGCUGAACCUGGGGAGCACACAGGACUCACCUCUCAUGGUGACAUCAGCUGAUGUGCGCAGGGUUCUGAACAAAACAAACCCACGAAAAGCAGCAGGCCCAGACAACAUCUCAGGACGUGCACUUCGGGUUUGCUCAUCAGAGCUAGCUGAUGUGCUUGCUGACAUAUUUAACCUGUCGCUUGCACAAGCAUCUGUACCGACCUGCUUUAAGUCCACCACCAUAGUGCCCGUACCCAAGAAGAGCAACGUGACCUGCUUGAAUGACUAUCGCCCUAUAGCACUCACUCCUAUUGUUAUGAAGUGCUUUGAAAGAAUAGUCAUGACCCACAUCAAAAAGAGCAUCCCAGCAACUGUGGACCCUCUACAGUUUGCAUAUCGCCAGAACCGGUCCACGGAUGAUGCAGUCAACACUGCCAUCCACACAGCCCUUUCUCACCUACAGGGCCAGGACACAUACGUCAGAAUGCUAUUUAUAGACUAUAGCUAUGCUUUUAAUACAGUCUGCCCCCACAAACUCACAAAUAAGCUCCUCACACUUGGUCUGUCUCCCUCCCUCUGUAACUGGGUGUUUA